AUUGCUGAAGAGAUCAGCCGGACAGACAGAGCCUUCAUGAUACUGCCCACAUCACACGCAUUUCCUCAACGAAGUCGCCAAGAACACGUCCGAGACAUAAAGGAAAUCCUCUUUUAUUGCCCUUCAUAAAAGCCCCAGUGUCAUUUAGUGAGAGAUGCCGCCAAGGACCGGACUUUUGCUGCUCGCCGUGCUCAUCGCCUCCGCGUAUGAACUGGAUCAGAACGAAUCCUACUCGCCCAGGAGAGCACGCUUCUCCCACAACAGCCCCUCGGAUGUGGCUCGCUGCUUGAACAGUGCGCUCCAGGUGGGCUGCGGUGCCUUCGCCUGUCUUGAAAACUCAACGUGUGACACAGAUGGCAUGCACGACAUCUGCAAGUCCUUUCUCUACAGUGCUGCUAAAUUCGACACUCAGGGCAAGGCUUUUGUGAAAGAAAGCUUGAAGUGUAUCGCCAAUGGCAUCACUUCCAAGAUCUUUCUAACAGUCAGACGGUGUUCCACCUUCCAGAGGAUGAUUUCAGAAGUUCAAGAAGAGUGUUACAGCAAGCUGGACAUUUGUACAGUGGCCAAAUCAAACCCAGAAGCCAUUGCAGAGGUGGCUCAGCUACCCAGCCACUUACCCAACAGGUUUUAUGGGAAACUACUGCAGAGCUUGAUGGAGUGUGACGAUGAGACGGUGGACCUGGUGAGGGCAAAUCUGUUGACCCGAUUAGGGCCCGAGAUCGCCACGCUCUUCCAACUACUGCAGAACAAGCCGUGUCCGUCUGCUGCAGUACCUACUGGAAUGGAGACUCGUGGUGGGUGGCGGUGGUCUGUCAGUCCCCAUGGAUACAAGAACCAGCCAAAUCUACGCAACAGAGAUGCCUCGAAUCUCUUUGGCAAGAAACGCAACAUUGGUGACAGCUCUUAACUUCAGACCAAUUUGCCAGUCCAAACUUAGCCAUCGAGCACACAUACACAAGCGCAAAGUGAAAACACACACACACGCACACACACACACACACACACACAAAAAGAAAGCAAGACAAAACAGUGGUUUAUUUUCCGAGGCUAUACAGGGACACAUUCCUUCUCAACUGGAAAAAGGCAUGCACCAGUGCGAAAACAUCUCGAAUGUCCAAUUCUAUGUUUAUCACUUCAUAUUCGACGAGUUUUACACGUUCGAGAGGAGAUCGGCCCGGUUUACAGACCGAUCCGCGCGUAGGUCAAGUCAAGGUCAUCGUGAAAUCCAGCGGGAGUCAUCCAGGCCAUAAUGUAGAGAGCUCUUAGAUAGACUUAUUUGAAAAUAUCUCUAGUAACGAAAGGAAAAUACUAUCGAAAAAAUCAAUAAAUAGCCAUUUGUAUAUGAAAUAUAUCUUACGGAGAUUACAGCAAAGAAAAUGUAUGUGUAUAUAAACUGAAUCUAGCGUUGAUGUGAAAUAGUCGGCAUGUGUUAUAGAAAUAAGAGUGUACUAUUUAUUUAUUAACAGAUAUUUUACUACUACUUUAGCUGUUAAUCUCAAAUUGCCACUAGCCUUUUUGUGAAACUCUCCCAUUUGGCGAGAGCUAUCUUUAAAAAUAUAUGUGCAGGAAUUCAUUAAAAUACCAAAAAACGCAAACGCCGUAAAUCAUAAGCAUCGAGUACAGCAACAGUCGAUGUCAGCGAUCCACACUGGACGACCAAACGUUAUUUAUGAAAUGAGUUAGAGAUGUGCAGGAAGGGACAGAUAACUUUCCUUCAGCUUGGUUCUGUAGACCUACAGAAGCUUUUGUUUUUUCACCGUUCGCAAACGUUUUCUUAACUCUUGGAUCGCCUCUCUACUUAUUAUCUGUUCAUGUAGUGCAGCACAAAUAAACUCCGAGAGGAAAUUCAAUUCGAAGCCCUGAGCGCAUUGUUAGCGCUACGUCUAAACACAUAUUUUGGCCAACUUAUUGGACGGAUGAACAAAUUACUCCCUGGUGAAUAUGACACGCGGAAGCGAGUUCAACUGCGCUGAUCCCAGCGCCGCCGAGACAAAGAAAAAUAAAAUAAAAACCUAAAUGUCUAUUUAAAAGCGUAUGAAUUGAAUUAUUACUAUUUAUUUUCUUACUAUAUUAUUUAAAUGUUUAUUUUAUUACAUUUCUGUGGGCAAUAUUAGUUCGUUCAGCAAGCAUCGGUUUACAGAUAUAGUGCUUUUUAAUUGCUUAAGCGUCCGUUUUUGGGAGCUGUUUGAAAUUUAUUUAAUCUAUCGCGUAUUUAGUCAUUCUGAGUUGACUGUACAAGACCCAUGUAAUGACUCUGUGCUGGUCAUGGGGGAACACGCUGGUCAUAUGUGUCAGGCGAAUGUUAUAUGGGACCACUAUAAUGCAAAAGUUUAUUGCCACAUGCUGUGUAUACAUUCAGGGUUAUAUAGAGUUUAGCUUUAACAGAGUAAUUGACAUCCAGUAUUUCAUAGCGCUGUCGUUAAUGCGGUUAAUUCGGGGCAGUCACUGCAAAGUGUUUUCCGGAGCCAUUCUCGACACUAUGCAAUAUACAGCGUUUCCGAAAGGCCUAUUUCUUUCAGAGUGUUUACCCAGGGUGAAUGGGGAAGAUCUCUCUGUAAGUGCUUCUUGGGGAAGUUGAGAUUAGCAAAGGCUGGAGGGCAGCGUUUGGCUUGGGAACGACCGAGGACCGAGGGCCAAAUCCAAUCAAACUACCGCAAAACCACUUUUUGACUAUUCCCGUCCAAAAAUAAAUUCCAUAGCAAAGAAGCCAUUUCACCACUGAGCGAUUUAACCAUUUGAACGACCAAUCUGCAUCACUUAAUAUGUCCUGAUUUGUUUGAAAAACAUUCAACGGCUUGUUUUAUGGUGAACUUACACUGGCGCCGUAUUGGUACUGUGGUGAUAAUACAGCAGUUUGAUUGAAUUGGACCCAAAGACAAAUGAGAGAGCAGAACCGGAGCGGGCAGAAUGACUGUUUUUUCUUAAACCAAAUGAUCUGCAAAUCUAAAAGUAAUUCACCAAACUAUGCAAUAAGCGCUAGAAAGGUUGCAAACUAAAAUCCAUGCUACCGAGCCCUAAGCGGAAACGGGGCCGUUUAAGUUUUGAGACUAAGCAGCAGUAGCUUUUUUUUCUUCUCCCGUAUGAAAUCAAAUCUCCAGUCCCCAGUAAUCCUUUUUAUUUUUCUCCCCUGAUUUCUUUAGCUUUCCUUUUUCUGGUUAAUUCAUCUGGUUAAUUCAUUUUCUGUGUGUGUAUAUGUGUAUUUAUAAUAAUAUAUGCACUUUCCGUCUCUUAGGACCACUAUCAAAGGGCAUUGAAGCAUAGUUAGAUUCUGCUCAGAAACACCGGAAUAGCUGCUGCGUUCUUGUAGAACAGACAAGGACGCAAUGGCAAAGUGAGGAUUUUUCUUUUUUUUUCUUUUUCUUUUCCUUUUUGGGAAAUAUGGUAUGAUAUCGCAAUCUAUUAAACACCUGUACCAAACAAAGCUGCUAAACUGAUUUCCAACCCCACUGUGUUACGCUAAAGCUAUUUUUUCCAUUAAAAUCCCAUCGGUUUGUCCAACAUUCACUGUGUGCGAAUGAACGUUUUCAAACGAAAUGACCAGUGACUCGAUUAUGCAUUGCCAUUUUCAUGCACUUCUGGUAUCUCAGCAACAAGGUGUCCAUACCAUCUCCAGAGAAACAGCAGCGAGUGCAGACGUUCGCUCCAGCCCAGCUCAAAGACAUUUGAUGUUUAACGAGACGCUGGUGAACUACUCUUAAGUAGCAUUAAAGUCGCAAUGCUGUUCGGAAGGUUUGGCCACUCUUGUCCUGAUCGCAUCUUUUCUUCCGUUACUGAAAGGGUGUUGUACAUGCAAAUGUAAAUGUAUGUUAUUUUGUUAAAUUAUUACAAUGCAAUUGUUAGACUGCUGUGGAUAUAAGGCUUUUUUUUCUCAUUCGAAGCCUCUGUCAUGUAGCUCACCAUUUUAUUCAUAGUGUGAUUCAGAGAAUUUUCGAAAACGUAAUGGAUUUUGUAAACUUCAGAGAAUGUAUAUUUUAUCAAAUGUCUGUAUUUGGUGCAAAAGGGGUGCCUAUGGCGCUGAAAGUUUAGUGCAGCCCUCUGGUCAUUUGAACUUGAACAGCAUUGUGUCCUUAUCUCGAUUUAUGGUGGAUUAGCAGAGUUCGGAGACUGACCCUUCUUGUUGCCAAAUUUAAAGUUUAUAUAACCACUGCCUCAAGGAAACAUCUAGACUUAGAAUCGAAUCGAACGUUAUUUGCCUGCGUUAUAGAAAUAGUGUAGAAUGUAGAGUGGGAAUGAUUGGAAAAUGACAUUCUGUGUGAUCAAGUUGUCCCAAUCAGAUGUGUUUAGAGCUUAGUUAAUAUUGUCAUUACACGUCAUUACCAGAAAGAUCAGGAUGCACUACAACAGAAGCGAUCUGUUCGUGCAGGUCCUUCGUUGUUUCUGAUUCACCAAAAACUGGUGAUUUCUCCUCUUUGAUCCAGGGCCCUGAGGACUAUAGGCUACACAAGCCAUUAAACUGUAUGGUACUCUCUCCUUUCAAAACUUGAAACCACUUAUAUCGCUCAUAUUCCUGUUUAUGUUCAAAUGUUAAGAUUUAAUGUUGUUGUGUUUUUUUUCUUUUAAAUGCAGUAUGAAAACCAAAAUAGGAAAAGUUUGUUUUGCAAGGCAUUCUAUUCAAGGCAUUCUCUCUUUUUUUGUCCCUAAUGUUACACAUGAUGGAAAUUUGUGAUUGAUUUGCACUUUAUACUGAACUCAUAUACAUAUAUACUUGUGUAUAUGUGUUAGGGUUUCUUUCUGUGCUGACAGGUCAAAAAAGAAAAAAAGAAAAAAAAAGAUACAAAUACGUCAACUAUGUGUCUUUUACUGUGUAAUAAUAAACUAUGAUCAGA